CAUAGCUACAUAUUUUUUAACCUUUAGUUUUUACAUGGUUCUCCAACAUGCACCCUGCAAUUAAAACUUUAUUAAUUUAUAGUGCCAUUCUAAUCGUUUCACCAUUAUAUAUAUUCUUUAUAAGCAAAUACUUGUGUGACAAUUAUUUAGUUUACACCAAGAGUAAUAGUAAUAUUGCAUCUGCAGUUGCUGCUGUUUUCACAGUUCACAUUGUGUUAGCUGCAUACAUUUACAAAGCAUUUCAGGACGAUACAUCUGAACAAAACAAGCUGAAUCCUCUAUCAUCUCUAUUUCCUUCCUCGCCAGAUCAAAAGCCCGAGAAAAUUGAUUAAAAUUAUUGCAUUGGAUCGAUUAUUUUAGUUUAGACAAUCCAAAAUUACGCCUUUUUUAAAAUGGUAUUUUACAACCUCUAUGUCUUUAAUCGGAAUAGAGAAUGUGUUUUCUACCGUGAAUGGCAUAGAAAUCGGCAAUGUGCCAUGUCCCGUUCUCAAGAAUUUAAAUUGACUUAUGGGCUAGUUCAUUCAUGUAAAAACUUUCUAGGCAAGAUUAUGAAUCCCGCCCUAAAAUUUGAGCAGAGUUCAUCUAAACUAAUAAAAGUGCCAGUAUCAAAUUCUCCUUUAGAUGAUCAGAUUCAUUCUGCCAGCAAUUUAUUGAGUUUCAGUAAUCUUAACAAAGCCAAGAAUUUAAUCAACGAUGAAAAUAUUGAAUUCAAUAUUCAGAUAUCUAAGGAUACCCCUAUUUCCCCACAAACAAUUAUUAAUCAAGCAAUGAACGAAUAUUACGGCAACUCAAUUGAUAUCAUAAAAGUGGAGAUACAAGAUUUGAAUUUAGCUUACCAAAACCUCAACCCAACUUUGAGGGAAAAAUGCAAAGAAAACAAAGAAGGGGCCUUGCUUCCCACAAACGAGUAUCAUUAUUUUGUCAUUCAAUGUGAUAAAUAUAAGUCUCACGUGUUUGAAACAGCUAAUUCUUCUAUGAAAAUUGUGUUAAACUCCUCUAUCAAUUUCUUCGACGAAACGACACCCUCUGGAAACAUAUCAGCUCUUACAGACACCAUCAUUAAUACCAAUAAGAGCGUCAAUCAUUCGUUUUCUUCAGCCGAUGUAAAGGCUCUGAUUGAACAAAUUUUUGGGCUCCUCUACGUACCUUAUUACGUGGAUAAUCCAUUAUACCAAAAUAGUCUCUUUGCACGUCACAGCACCGACAAAUGCCAUCUGUCUGAAAAGGUGUGUUCAAACGGGGCCACCACUUUUGACGCCCUCGACUGUCCCACGCUCAUUUUAAAUAUUGACGCUCUCGUCGAUAAUUUCAACAGACACGGAGUUGCUUCCAUCACUUAAUUUCAUUCAUUAAAACAUUCUCAUUCUUUAUCAAAAUAUUUUUUGUACAAUUUUUAAUUACUGUUUAUGAUUGUAAUGUUUAUUUUAUACCCCUAUAAACAUUUAAUUAACUCAAAUCUCUAAAAUAAUGAUCAUUUCAUAUUUUAAAAAAUUCAUGUUUUAUGAAAUUUGCACAGAAAAUAAUAAAAAGAAUCCCGGUAAAUAUUUCUCAAUAUUCUCAUCUUAUGAAUACAUCCGAUAAAAUCAAAGCAAGUAUCGAUAAUAUCGAAAAUCUUAAAAUUGAAUGUCAUCUCAAGCUAUAUCCAAGUCAUGAUAUUAUUUUGCUAGAGAAAAAUUUAGGCAUACUAUUUGCUAAACCUCGGUCAGAAUUGCCACAGAUAAAAGAUAAGAUUAUUUAUGGUAAAAAUGGUACAAAAGAACAAAAUAAUUUAUAUUUGAAUAACUUGAUCAGCAAAACGAUAGAAAUGCAAGAAUUAAUUAACCACAAAUUAACUCAAUACAUUGAUGAUGUCAAGAUUUGA